AUUAAAAACAAUUGCCGCAGCAGCUGAGAUCCUGCAGCAGCAGCAGAAGCAGCAGCAGGAGUCCAGCUGAAUCACAAACCAAUUACAAACUUGCAACAGCGUUGCAAAGAGUGGGAGUGUGUGUUAAGUAAAAUAAAUUUCAAGAAACAUAAUCAAGCAGAAACGGAACAAAAAACCAUUCACAACGGCGACCAUCACGAACUCCGCCCUUGCAAUGAGCCAAUUGGGCACCGUCUACGCCACCAAGCGAAGGCGACGCAACGGCAAAAGCCUGAAGCCCCCGCCCAAGGAUGGCGUCACUAAGAGCAAUCCAUCAAAACGGCAUCGAGAGCGCCUCAAUGCCGAGCUGGAUCUGCUUGCCUCGCUGCUGCCCUUCGAGCAGAACAUACUUAGCAAACUGGAUCGACUGAGCAUACUAAGGCUGUCCGUUAGUUAUUUAAGAACCAAAAGUUACUUUCAAGUUGUUAUGCAUAAGGAUAAGGAGGAGAACGGUGUCCUGCCGCACAUACACGCUCACGAUGGCUACAGAACCCGCGAGCUGGGCGCCUUCGAGCACGGCCUGCUGGACGGUGAUAUGUUCCUGCAGGCUCUAAAUGGAUUUCUAAUGAUACUGACAUGCGAAGGCGAGGUCUUCUUUGCCACGCACAGCAUCGAGAGCUAUUUGGGUUUUCAUCAGUCGGACAUUGUGCAUCAGUCGGUUUACGAGCUAGUCCACUCGGAGGAUCGCGAGGAGCUGCAGCGCCAGCUGCUCUGGAACAGCUUCCUGCCCGCGGACAUGUCCAGCAUGCAGCUGUCGGAGACUCUGGCGCCGGACAAGGCGCUCUACCUGGAGCGCAGCUUCACUGUGCGCUUCCGCUGCCUCCUGGACAACACGUCCGGCUUCCUGCGCUUGGACAUACGCGGCCGCAUCAAGAUACUGCACGGCCAGAACCGGAAGACGGAGGAGCCGCCACUGGCGCUGUUCGCCUACUGCACGCCUUUCGGCCCGCCCAGCCUGCUGGAGAUACCGCACAAGGAGAACAUGUUCAAGUCCAAGCACAAGCUGGACUUUUCGCUGGUGUCCAUGGACCAGCGGGGCAAGCACAUACUGGGCUAUGCGGACGCCGAGCUGGUGAACAUGGGCGGCUACGAUCUGGUCCACUACGACGACUUGGCCUACGUGGCAAGCGCCCAUCAAGAGCUGCUGAAGACCGGCGCAUCGGGCAUGAUCGCCUAUCGCUACCAGAAGAAGGACGGCGAGUGGCAGUGGCUGCAGACCAGCUCGCGGCUGGUCUACAAGAACUCCAAGCCGGACUUUGUGAUCUGCACGCAUCGCCAGCUGAUGGACGAGGAGGGCCACGACCUGCUCGGCAAGCGCACCAUGGACUUUAAGGUUAGCUACCUGGACACCGGCCUGGCCUCCACGUACUUUUCCGAAGCGGACCAGCUGGUGGUGCCGCCCACCAGUGCCAGUGUCUCGCCCACGGCGCACUCGCUGCCACCGCCGGUCACGCCCACACGCCCCAAUCGCCGCUAUAAGACGCAGCUGCGCGACUUCUUGUCCACGUGCCGCAGCAAGCGCAAGCUGCAGCAGCAGCAGCAUCAGCAGCAGCAGCUGCAGGCACAGCAGUCUUCCCCGUUGGCUCAGGUCGGCUCGCCGGCUCCGGCGGUGGUGGAGUACCUGCCGGAUCCUGCGGCUGCUGUGGCGGCCGCGUACUCCAAUCUGAAUCCCAUGUACACCACGUCGCCGUAUGCCACCGCGGCGGACAACCUGUACAUGGGCAGCUCCAUGCCGGCGAAUGCCUUCUACCCGGUCAGCGAGAACCUCUUCCAUCAGUAUCGGCUGCAGGGCGCCGUUGGAGUGGGCGGCUACUACACGGACUAUCCGCAUACGGGCGCGCCAGCCUCGGCGUACGUGGCCAACGGGUUCCUCUCGUACGAUGGCUAUGCCAUCGCCUCCAAGGCGCAGGACGAGAAGUGGCAGGAGACGGGCAAGUACUACAGUGGCUACAGCAGCGGAUACGGCAGUCCCACGUCCACGCCGCAGCAGAUUCCGUUGAAGACGCCCAAGUCCUCGCCGCAGGUCAUGGAGGUCAUAUCCUGCUCCUCGGACGGGCCCUCGCCCGUGGGCGUUGCCAAUGCCACGCCCAAUGGCAGCAGCGUUACGCCCAAAGUGGAGCUGUCCGCGACAACGGCCACCGCCGUCGGCCAGGAUCCCUACGAGCGCCAGACGGUGCUCAUGUGGGGCACCACGCAGUCCAGCGGCGUGCCGCUCAACAGUCGCAGUGCUGUCAAUGCCGGCGGCUCGCCUCAGCGCACCACGCCCCUGACCAAUGGCCUGAGCUACGCACACAACAACAACAACAACAACGAGCAUGAGCCGGUUGUGGCAGCCAAGUGGAAUGGCAGCAAGGCCGAGCUGACGGGCAAGCCGGCCAGCGACGGCACACCUGAGAGCUAUCAGCUGCAGCACGACGACUCCGGGCUCUACUCGGCCUCCUCGCACACCACAUCGCCCCAGCAGCAGCAGCAGCAGCAGCAGCAGACACAUUCAACACGUGGCCUCGGCGGCUCCAAUAUCCUAAUCAGCACCCAACUGCAGCAGCAUCAACAGCAGCAGCAGCAGCAGCAACAACAGCAGCAGCAACUCGUUGGAUAUACGCUGCACCACCAUCCGCUGGAGUCGCCGCCCCACUGUCGCACGCCACCCACGCUGCCCGCUGUGAGCAGCCUGCUGAGUGGCGGUGCAUCAGCGGAUGCCUCAGCCUAUCAGCAGCUAGCAAUUGUCUCGUCUGCAGCAGCAGCAGCACCCACUGCGGCCCCGCCGCUCAUCAUUUGCGCGGAGGAAUCGCUGCAGGCGCUCAACAGCACCAGCAGCAGCAGCAACGAGGCGCACAUCAGCUCCACUUCAAGCAACUCUGCGCGCACCGCACGUAAGGCUGCCAAGCUGCAACACCAACAACACCAACAACAACAGCAACAACAACAACAACAACAGCAGCAACAACAACUUCAGCCAAAUUAUCAGCAGCAUCACGCACAGCAUCUACUCUAUCCGGCCAAUAUAACUGCACAUACGGCGCUGGCCUACGCCCCGCCACCGGCUGGCGCCUAUAUCGAUGGCAGUCCGCUGCUCUCCUUCUCGGAGGUGACCAACACGUUGCUGAAUCAGUAGACAACUGGAAAUCCCCGGCACACACAGAUACACACACACAUACCAACACACACAAUAUAUAUAUAUAUAUAUAUAUUUAUAUAUAAACCAUGUUCAACAGUUUUGCCAAAAUGUGGACUAUGACUAUCGUAUCUUCCAUAAUCUCAACACAAAUACACACACACUUACACCCCCACACACAUAUAUAUACUACUAUAUAUACGAAUAUUAAGAGCACAAAGAAAUAGCAAACGAGAGAGCAGUUUAUAGAUAUAUGUAAAUUUAAAAAGAGCCUUGCUCGAGAGUAUUCAGAAUGAACCUCAAAAGAUGCGAGUGCUGAGAGAUCUAAUAAUUGGUAGAUCAAGGAGAAUCGAGCAGAAAUUAACUUAGGGAAAAGAUAGGAUAGUCAGAAAAUAGAACCACAU